UUUUCUUCCUUCCCUGACAGAUGGUAGGAGGGGGGCGGGGAGGAAAGACUGGCGGAGGCGGCAUUGGGACGGACAGGAUGGAAACGAACGGGCCCGCGUCUCCCACAGGGUUCCCUGAACUGAAGAAUGAUACUUUCCUCCGAGCAGCACGAGGAGAGAAGACAGAAUACACCCCAGUUUGGUGCAUGAGACAGGCAGGAAGAUAUCUACCAGAGUUCCGUGAGACCCGAGCAGCUCAGGAUUUCUUUGCUACUUGUCGAUCUCCAGAGACGUGCUGUGAGCUCACAUUACAGCCUUUAAGACGUUUUCCUUUUGAUGCUGCCAUCAUCUUCUCGGACAUCUUGGUGGUGCCCCAGGCCCUGGGCAUGGAGGUGGUGAUGGUGCCUGGCAAAGGACCUACCUUCCCAGACCCACUAAAGGAGGUGGAGGACCUGCUCAAACUUCGACAGAAGGUGGAUGUAGCCACAGAACUGGGCUAUGUCUUCCAGGCCAUCACUCUGACACGGCACAAAUUGGAGGGGAAGGUGCCUCUAAUUGGCUUCUCUGGCGCCCCGUGGACACUAAUGUCCUACAUGAUCGAAGGUGGUGGCUCCAACACAAUGGCCAAAGCCAAGGCCUGGCUCUACCGGCAUCCUGAGGCAAGCCAUCGUCUGCUCACAUUACUGACUGAUGUAAUUGUGGAUUACCUGGUGGGUCAGGUGGCUGCAGGUGCUCAGGCUCUUCAGCUUUUUGAGUCCCACGCAGGACACCUAGGACCGGAGCUGUUUGCAGAUUUCUCCCUUCCAUUCAUCCAGUCCAUUGCAAAACGAGUGAAGAGUAAGCUACAGGAGGAUGCCCUGCCUGUGGUGCCCAUGAUUAUUUUUGCCAAAGAUGCACAUUAUGCCCUGGAGGACUUGGCACAAUCUGGAUAUGAAGUGGUAGGCCUGGACUGGACCAUCCGACCUGAGGAUGCUCGCCAGCGGACAGGAAAAGGCAUUACCUUACAAGGGAAUUUGGAUCCAUGUGCUCUCUAUGCACCAAAGGAAAAGAUUGGGGACCUGGUGAAGAAGAUGUUGGAAGGCUUUGGCUCCCAGUGCUAUAUUGCCAACCUGGGCCAUGGCCUUUACCCUGACAUGAACCCAGAACAUGUGGGUGCCUUUGUGGAUGCGGUGCAUAAGCACUCUCGCCACCUCAGCAAAUCUUGCUAAAGUUUGGGGGAUUGGGCCCCAGGUUGGAUGGUGCACAAUGCACUGAACAAGCUGUACCAAAGGACUUCACAGGGAAAGCCUAUUUUUGCAAUGGUUGUGAAGCCAGGCCUCUGGGAAAUGGAAAAAGGAGGACUGUGUAAGUUUUCAAUGGCCCACAAUUAAAGUCUGGCUGCCCACUCAUAUUGGCCCCGUGCUUUGGUGGGCAGAUGGUAAAGGAAGAUUUUGAGGAAUGUGAAGUCUGCACUGCCUUCAGCAUGGAAUGUAUGACCCAGUGUUUUCCUACAGGAUAUUAAUGAGAAGUGACUACUUUUUACUGGUACCAUCCACUCGUGCAGCAUAUACAUGCAGUCCCUAACAUUCAUACCACCUUAUUCCCAUCAUCGAAUACAGCAAUCUCUGCCUCAAACCCAUAUGCUGGUCCCUAAUGAAUUAGUUGCCUAAUGGUAAUUCAGUGCCUCAUUGACUCAGUGGGUCUACUGUGAUUGUGAAUUACAACUGGAUUUAGGACAGGAUUUUUGGCUUUUAGUAUCUGUGAGUGACGAGUGAUGCUAUCUUGCGGUGGAAAAUCGGUACAAGGUCAAGAUGUCUGAAGCAAGAGGAGGACUGAAAGGAGAGACAUAAUUGUGCAUGUCAUGCCCACUAUGCCCUAGCCUUCUCUGAUCCAUAUUUCCUCUGCACGCACACCCAUGCAGUAAAUCUGCAAGAUGAACAUACUCUUGUCUGGGUGAGAAGUUAAUGUGCUCCUUGUAGCUUACACCAGCUUCUCUGUGGAUACAGUCAAUGGGCCCUAGGUCAAGAGGAGGCAGAACUCUCCUUCCCAUCCAAAAGGUCAGCACUGCUAAUCAAAAUAAAUCUGCAAGGAUGAGGGUUUGGAUGGUUACAAACGGUCCCUUUUGAUCCUGCCCAUUGCAGCAGCACCCCUUAUAAUGUACCAGUUGUCCUUUCACUAGUGCUUUAAAAAACACAAACACACAAAGGCCUGUCAAAAAGUUUUGGUGUCUCAUGUAGAACAACAAAUAAUGCCCCACACGUUAAGGUACAAUGCUACCUAAAGCUAGCCAUGUUAUUUUCGCCCAAGAGGGCUAAAACCCAUAUUCCGGUCUUUGUAGUAAAAAAUAACCUUUGCUUGCCCACUCAUGACACUUCAAACCUGCUGCCUGAGGUGUUCCCCUCAUUCUACCAGCCCUGUUUCUAAAUUACAUAGGUAUCUGACUGAUAAGCAAAACGGCUGGAGUGAUACAGAAAUGGCAUGAACAUUAUCCUUCCUUUUUUUUUCUUUUUUAUUAAAUACCAUGUCAAGAAGUUGUACACACAAAAUAAAGAGUCAGAUGUGAAGAAUGAUA